GGAUCAAUAAUAACUUCCUAAGCUCCGAGUCUCCACCGUCACCACCAGGGUUCCGAAAGCAUACCAGUUAGAAGUAUUGACUUCCUUCUCUAAUAGACGAAACAUUAUCAGCAGAGAUGAUCUUAUUAAAGCUUCUCAACAACUUCAAUUAGCACAAGUCAUUCGACUCAAUUUCCUUUCUCUUCUUGACCGACGGAGCUGUGGUGGGUGAUGUGUAAGGGGACCGUUGGGGACGACGUUUACAGCGGAUUUUUAUUUCCUCUAAUUUUUGGACUCUCCAGCUUGCUUUGAUCAGGGCAUCCAAUUAUUUCUCACAUUAGAAUCGGUCACGGAGAAUUUUACGCAGCAACUGCGACCAUGGCCACAUCAAUAUCAUCACCGACGAAGGCUCGGCGCCAGCCACGGCCGCAGCGCCGACUCAAUCGCUUCGGUUUUAUGCUCAUUGCAGUCAUCUUCCACCUAAUAUAUCUUUACUCGAUAUUUGAUAUUUAUUUCGUCAGUCCAAUCGUGAGCGGGAUGAAAGAAUUCGGUGUAGAGCGGCCAGAGGGGCGGGAAGCACCGGCGAGGAGAUUAGUGCUGGUUGUUGGUGACGGUCUCCGCGCGGACAAAGCUUUCCAAUCGUUUCCUGACCCCUCAGCCCUUGAAGAUGCCGACCCUUCAGCCCUCGAACCUCGACCGCUUGCUCCCUUUCUUCGCUCCAGAGUCCUUGGACACGGAACAUUUGGCGUUUCCCAUACGCGUGUGCCGACAGAAUCGAGACCUGGACAUGUGGCCCUUAUAGCAGGACUAUACGAGGAUGUAUCGGCAGUCACCACCGGAUGGAAACUCAAUCCUGUCAACUUUGACAGCGUAUUCAACCGGAGCAGACAUACGUGGAGCUGGGGAAGCCCGGACAUUCUGCCCAUGUUCAAAGAAGGAGCAGUGGAAGGACGGGUUGACGCAGACACGUAUAGCGAAGAAGCAGAAGACUUUACUCAGGAUGCCACAGCACUCGACACAUGGGUCUUUGAUAGGGUCAAAGAAUUGUUCGCUUCUGCGGCAACGAAUGCGACUCUAGACGCCGCGCUGCGCGAGGAUAAGUUGGUCUUCUUCCUCCAUCUUCUUGGGUUAGAUACGACCGGACAUGGCUACCGACCGUACUCUCGAGAAUAUCUGCGCAACAUUCAGAUUGUGGACCAAGGCGUCGAAGAAGUUACCAAUUUGAUUCAAGAAUUCUACAAGGACGACAAAACUGCAUUCGUCUUUACCGCAGACCAUGGGAUGAGUGAUCUGGGUAGUCACGGCGACGGCCAUCCAGACAAUACUCGGACACCGUUGAUUGCGUGGGGUUCUGGAGUUGCACCGCCAGUUGUCACGCCGGGUAUGCUUGCUUCCGGUCAUGAGGAUGGAUUCUCCUCCGACUGGGGUUUCGACCAGGUUCAGCGAAACGAUGUGGCUCAGGCAGAUGUGGCUGCGCUUAUGGCCUACCUCGCUGGCCUGGAAUUUCCGGUCAAUUCGGUUGGAGAAUUGCCUCUUCAGUAUCUGGAUGCUGGUCCAGAAGAAAAGGCAGAAGCCGCCUUGGUCAACGCGCGGGGUAUCCUCGAAAUGUACAGAGUCAAAGAAGAGCAUAAGCGUACAGUAGCGCUUCAAUUCCGCCCUUUUGCUCCUUUGGGAGAUGAGGAACAUUCGGUCGAGCAUCGGGUCGCCGACAUCAGAGGCCUGAUUGACAACCAGCAAUACAAUGUUGCCAUUGCCAAAAGCUCCGAGCUGAUGAAACUUGGUUUGGAAGGGCUUCGGUAUCUGCAAACAUACGACUGGCUGUUCCUCAGGGCUCUCGUCACGAUGGGAUACCUUGGUUGGAUGUCCUUUGCCAUUGUCACACUUAUCGAUUGGCAUGUUCUUCAAGGCGGAGCAGAAACUUGCCGAACAGCCGUGAGCGUUGCCUUUUUUGUUUCGAUACUCGUAGCGUUGUACUCGUCAAUGUACAUUCAGCGCUCUCCGUGGACAUAUUAUGCCUAUGCUAUUUUCCCGGUGUUCUUCUGGGAAGAGGUAGUGGCGAGAAGAAGCGCUAUAAAAGCCGGCAAGGACGCACUUUUACGCAAUAUCCACGGAGCUGGGGCGUAUAUCAAACUAUGUUUUAACACGUUGGCAUUUCUUGGAUUAUUGGAAGGACUGGUCCAGAGUUAUUUCUAUCGUGAAGUGUACACGGUUUGCUUUCUUCUUGCCGCAUUUUGGCCGGCCUUUUACGGUUGGGAGUUUGUUCGCAAAGAGAAGCUUACCGUGGCAACUUGGGCUGUGGCGUGUAUACUCAUGAGCACAUUUACUCUGCUGCCAGUCGUAAAAAUUGAGGAUAUCAACUUGAUUUUAUUUGGUGGCUUCCUCAUGGUUGCUGUUGGAGUGCUAUACCUCUUGUUCGAGAAGACCAUCCUUGCUCAAUCACAUCCAGCAAAGACUGCGCAUGGCAAGCCGUCUGCCGAUGUCAUGUCUCGAUCCAUUGUCGGCGUUCAGAUCGGUCUUGUCGCGUUAGCAAUGAUUGUAACAAAAUCCAGCGUGACUUCACUUCAGGCCAAGCAAGGUCUGCCCGUGGGCACGCAGAUAGUUGGCUGGGUCGUUUUAGUCGCAUCGUUCAUCGUUCCGUUCCUCCACGGUCUGCGACCAAACAGCCACUAUCUCCACCGCAUGGUCAUCAUAUUCCUCGCCUUUUCACCCGUGUUUAUCAUCUUGACCAUUUCCUAUGAGGGACUGUUUUAUUUUGCAUUUUGCACCAUUCUUCUCACCUGGGUCCGAUUAGAACAUCACAUUUAUGUGUUUACUACACGCGCCCACUCUCACUCCCACUCUCACUCCCAUUCUCAUUCCCACCACUCCCACUCGCAUUCUCAUAAAUCUCACCCUGUAUCCUCCUCUUUGUCUCCAACCUCGAAAUCUCCAUCCACCUCUACCACCACCCCCACCCCCCCUACUUCUUCGUCUUCCUCAUCAUCACCCUCCUCCUCCUCCUCCUCCUCCUCCUCCUCCUCCUCCUCACCCUACCGACCUCUCGUCCUGUCCGACGCUCGCAUCUCCCUCUUCUUCUUCUUCCUCUUACAAUCCGCCUUCUUCUCUACCGGCAACAUUGCAAGCAUCUCCUCCUUUUCGCUCGACAGCGUCUACCGCCUGAUCCCCGUCUUCAACCCCUUCUCACAGGGCGCCCUCCUCCUUCUCAAAAUCAUGAUCCCCUUCGCUCUCAUCUCCGCCAACCUCGGCAUCCUCAAUCGCCGCAUCCACGUCGCCCCGUCCGCCCUCUUCAUGAUCGUCAUUGCCCUGUCUGACGUCCUAACGCUCAACUUCUUCUUCCUCGUCCGUGACGAGGGCUCCUGGCUCGAUAUCGGCACGUCGAUUUCCCACUUUUGCAUCGCCAGCCUCUUCUGCGUCUUUGUCGCCGGCCUGGAGCUCGUCUCGGAAGUUUUUGUCGCGGGCGUCGAGGUUGUCGAUGUCGGCGUUGAAGCUCUUGAGGCUGCCGGAGCCGGUGUCCGUGUCGGUGUCGCGGCAGAGGAGGAGGAGAAGAAGAUAAGGAAAGAGGGGAGGAAAGAAGAGCAAAAGGAAUUGGCAGUGGAUAGAAUCAUGGACGAACUCGUCGAUGAAGUCGCUGGCGUCAUUGCCCCGUCGCCUGCGCCCUCGUUGUCGUCGGAGGAGGAGAGUUCGUCGUCCUCGGCAGAGGCGGAGGCGUCAGCUUCAGCUUCGGACCCGUCCUCUGAGUCUGCAUCGCCGCGUAAUCCCUCGUCAGGAUCAGUCUCGCCGGCCAACCCGGCCCCGGCCGUGACACUGACGGGUUCAGGUCGUGGAGCGUCUACAAUGGCGAAUACGAAUGGCCAUGCGACGUCGUAGUAGAUGUAGUGUCACUUUGAUAUUCCGGUGUUUGAUUUUUUUUUUUUAUUUUAGUUAUAUUUAUUGUAUUGUAUUGUACUGUAUCGUCACUGCAUCUCUGUAUCUUUUACUGCUAGUAUAUCCCACCCCAAAAAAAAA